UAUAUAAGACAGUAAAAAUUUAUUUCAUUGCUCUAAAAAAUGUCGUCUUAUUCUGUCAGAGGAGUAUUUAUUACAAUCUUGGUCUCAUUAUCGAUUGAUAAAUUUGCGUGUAGAAGUGAUGAGAACCCUCAACUUGAUCACUUGGAAACACUGAUCAACAACGCUUUGGAACAAAAAAAAACUUAUAAACCACGUCAAGACAACAGCGAUUAUUUGGGAAAUUACCACAAUGAUAAAACUAUAACUGAUUAUGGAAUCUUUGAAUACAUCGUGGCAGGAGGAGGUUCAUCAGGAUCCGUUAUAGCAACGCGUUUGAGUGAAAUCGAGGGAUGUAAUGUACUAGUCCUGGAAGCUGGCGAUAUGGUGGACGAUUUGGCUGAAAUCCCUUUCAUGUGGCCGCUACUCCAAUAUUCUGACAGAAACUGGGGCUAUUAUACGGUGCCACAAAAAAAUGCGUGCCUUGGUUGGAAGAACCGCCAAUGUCAUUACGCCAGAGGAAAGAUCCUAGGAGGUUCAGGGAGCAUAAACGCCCUCGGUUACAGCAGAGGAAACCAGGAAGACUACAACACGUGGGCAAACGCUGGCAACCCCGGGUGGUCAUUUGAAGAAAUGUUACCGCACUUCAAAAAACUGGAAAAUUUUGAAUCCGAAAAUAUCGAUCUCAGAUAUAGGGGCAAAGGAGGUCCAAUUAACAUAGCUCAUAAAAAGCCCCUUGAAGAUCUCACAGAACUGAAAAACGCGUUCGCGAAACUCCAAGUGGAAUACAAUGCUGAUUACAACGGACAGAAACAGAUGGGGGUGUCUAGGCAGCAACGAACCAUGAAGAACGGUAAAAGAAUGAGUGGGGGUACCGCCUAUGUCCAACCUUCGAUGAAAAGACCAAAUUUCAACGUUACCCUAAAAGCUUUCGUAACAAAAAUUAUAAUAGACGAAAAAACGAAGACUGCGAAAGGCGUCUUAUUCGUCCUGAACGGUAAAAAGUACAGAGCAUCAGCGAGAAAAGAGGUUAUCCUAUCAGCUGGUGCUGUCAAUUCCCCUCAAAUCUUGAUGUUAUCUGGUAUAGGACCUAAGGAGGAACUCGAAAAGCAUUCAAUAAAGGUUAUACAAGAUUUACCGGUGGGGCUUCAUGCCAAAGAUCACUAUUACUUCGGGCUGGAUUUGAGAAGGAAUGACACAAUGGCCAUUCAACCUUACCGACAACUUCUGAAGGAAUAUCUCCAAGGAAAGGGCCUUCUUACCAGCUCCCAAAACACUUGGUCUUACGCGUAUGUUAACACGAGGAAUAAAAAUUCUUCGGUGCCCAACAUAGAGAUCAUCUACAGUUACCAACAACCUGUCGUCGGCAAAGCCCCAGCGGAAUAUACAAAUUAUAUCGAAGAAGUCGAUGAUUAUUACGAAUCGAUCAACGACCAGACAGAUUUCAGAAUGGAAGCCCAUAUGGUCUACCCGAAAUCCGUUGGUAGCAUCAAACUAGCCUCCUCCGAUCCUAAAGAUUUUCCCCUGAUAGACAACGCAAUGCUGUCCCAUAAAGACGACAUCGAGGUUCUUUAUGAAGGUAUACAAGAACUGGUCAAAUUGGCCAAUAUUAUGAAAGUGACCAUCUUGAAAAUGCCCUUUUGCAGACAACAACCAUUCGAUUCUAGAGAAUAUUGGUUAUGUGCUAUAAAAUAUACAGCAAACCAUAUAAGUCACAUUUCUAGUACUGUUAAAAUGGGCCCACGAUCUGACCCUAAAGCUGUUGUUGAUAAUAAGUUGAAGGUUUACGGAAUUAAAAAUCUGAGAGUUGCUGAUUGCAGCAUCAUGCCAACUCCCAUUGCUGGACAUAACCAUGCUGUUGCUCUCGUGAUUGGUGAAAAGGCUGCUAGUUUGGUGAAAAAGGAAUAUUAAAGAAUUGUUUAUAAAAGCGUUUGCUUCCCCGAGAAACUCAAUUAAUUUUUUUGUGAACACUGUAAAGAAUCAAUAAACAUAAGCUUUCAAAAA